AUGGCAUCAUAUAAUAAGCAGUUCCUUGUAGAGCGGAAGAGCAUUGAUAGAGAGGCACGCGAAAUAGGUCUGGAAGCUGCAUCGCCGAGUCCGGGGAAUGGGUAUGGAGAUACUCAAAAUGAUCUCUCUGAUAUGCAAAGAUUAGGCAAGAAGCAGGAAUUCAAGUGUUCGUGUCUCGCAUAUCCAUUCCCAGUGAGGCAAUCCUUCUUACGGGAGUACAGGUCACUGAGCGUAGGAUUGAUCAAUGGGGGGUUUGCUGGAUUGUUCUGGGUGUUCAUUGGAACGGUAAUAUGCUACUCGCCUAUUGUGGCAUCACUGGCUGAAAUGGGGUCAAUGGCUCCUACGAGCGGUGGCUGGAUGUCGAGCCUCGGUUGGAUUGCCAGUUUCGCCAGCAGCAUCCUCAUCCUCGCCACUCUCGUCGAAGCAAUUAUCGAUAUCCGAAAUGCAGACUAUUCGUUCGCACCAUGGCAAUACACACUAAUUAUGAUCGCUUAUCUCUUGAUCACCGUCGGCUUUAAUACCUGGGGCGCAAGACUUCUGCCAAUGAUUGAAACGACUUCGCUGUUUGGGCAUUUAGCUGGAUUUUUAGUGACCAUUAUACCAUUGUGGUUUAUGGCGCCGAAGAAUUCGGCAAGGACUGUUCUUUUGGAUGUGGUUAAUAAUGGGGGGUGGAGUAACACUGGCACGAGUUGUUUGAUUGCGCAAGUUAGCGUCCUAUAUUGUAAUAUUGCCGAAGAAGUAGAAGAUGCAUCGGUUAAUGUUCCGCGGGCUAUGUGGUGGAGCUAUAUACUCAACGUUGCAUUAGGAAUCAUCAUGCUAAUAACAUUGCUUUUCUGCAUCGGGCCGCUCGAUGCAGCCAUCGCAUCACCAGCCCCUUACCUGAGGCUAUUUUUGAACACUGGGUCUGAUGCCAUGGCUACAGCACUCAUGAUCAUCCUGCUCAUCCUUGUAUUUUCUGGAAAUAUCACAGCUUUGGCUACGACGAGUAGAGAAUUAUGGGCCUUUUCGAGAGAUAAAGGGUUUCCAUUUUCAACAUGGAUUUCAAGGAUGAACCACACUCUCAACGUCCCUCUGAACUCCAUCUAUCUCACCUCCAUCCUCACCAUUCUCCUCUGCCUCAUAAACCUUGGUUCUUCCUUCGCCUUCAACAUCAUCGUUUCGCUCUCACUCCUUGCUCUCCUUUCUACAUACAUGAUGUCCAUCGGAUGCGUGCUCUUGAAACGUAUUAAGGGUGAGCCGUUGCCACCCGCACGAUGGAGCCUAGGACGCUUUGGAUUACCCAUUAAUGCGUUUGCGUUUGCGUAUAGUGGGUUUGUCAUGGUGUGGAGUUGUUUUCCUAGCAAGGCGCCGGUUACCGUUGGGAAUGCCAAUUGGGCACCGGCUGUUUGGUUUGUUGUUAUUGUUGUUGCUGGGUUGAUAUAUGUUGUGCAUGGGAAGAAACAUUAUACGCCACCAGUAUUGUUUGUAGAGGGGAGAAGAGCUAGUGACAAACUGCAAGAAGUGGAGUAG